AUUACAGCAGGCUUUCAGUGUGGAGAAAAGAAAAGGGGAUGGGCAGUGUUAACACCAUGCAACACCAUGCAACUCUAUUAUCCAUCCAGCCUCGCUUUAUGCGACGCAAGAGUGACGCCAUUUCAUCUCGUGCUGGCUCCUGCAAGCAUUGUGUUGUGAAAAGGGCCUGAACGUUGACUUUUACAUUACUAAAAUGGUAAAAAUCUUCGUUGGCAAUCUUUCGCCAAACACUACUGUAGAGGAGAUCCGCUCCCUCUUCUCUCAGUAUGGCAAAAUUUCAGAGUGUGACAUUGUGAAAAACUUUGGCUUUGUGCACAUGGAUGACAAAGCAGAGGCAGAUGAAGCCAUUCGAAAUCUUCAUCAUUACAUGCUGAACGGUUUGCCCAUGAAUGUGGAGAUGAGCAAAGGGAAGCCCAAGACCUCUACAAAACUUCAUGUGGGCAACAUCAGCAGUAGCUGCUCCAACCAAGAACUCAGAGCCAAGUUUGAGGAAUAUGGACCUGUGGCUGAGUGUGAUAUAGUGAAAGACUAUGCAUUUGUUCACAUGGAGCGAGUGGAAGAUGCUAUGGAGGCCAUUAGUGGCUUGGACAACACAGCCUUUCAAGGCAAACUGAUGAGCGUGAAGCUUUCAACUAGCCGCCUGCGUACCGCGCCGGGAAUGGGAGAGAGAACGGGUUGUUAUCGGUGCGGGCAGGAAGGCCACUGGUCCAAAGAAUGCCCAAUGGACCAGAAUGGCUCCUACAGAGAGGGCCCGGGCUCGGCAGGAUAUGGGUCCCUCAGGUUCGGUUCGGGUGGCGAUCGUGGUGGCCGGGGGUUUCAUCGCGGCUACAUUGGCGAGCCGGCCUACGGUGGCAACUUUGCACCCUCACAUGGCUUCUCCAGGGGAGCAGGGUACGCUGUCCCAGGGUAUGGAAGGGGUGCGAGUUUUGAGAGUGCAAUGAGUUAUGGUAUGCCAGCGGGCUACGGCAUUUGCGCUGAUAAUAGCAUGGCCCCCGCGUACGGCAGUGAGGCUGCUUAUGGGAGCAGUGAUAUGGCCUAUGGCUCUGCGAUGCCUGCUUACCCAAUACGGCGACCGCCCUAUGAGGAAAGAGAUCCGUACGGGGUGGUGGACUUCUACGAGAAAUAUCGGGCACGUCCGUUCGGAGCAAGUUAUUUCGAAGAUAGACGCGCGGUUCAACCUACGGCCCCUCCUCCCCCAUCCUCCUCAUCGAUCGUGAGAGAGCGCCUGUCCUCCUCUAACCAUGACCCAUAUGAGCGCCAUCCCCUUCCCCCUCCUCCGGCUCCCACCUCUUCAUACUAUGUCCGCGAACGGAGCCCGAUCCGGCGAGCUCCCCUAGAGGCGGAGGGAUAUGCGUACGAACGGUCGCGCCUCUCUCCUGUCUCUUCGCUUCCCAGGAGCUCUGCGUACGAUGUAGCGCGGGAUCCAUAUGGCGAACAGGCGCGCUAUGCUUACUAGCCUAAUACCUGUGCGCACUCAGGUGAGAUCUUUUUAGGAUUAUAAAAGGUUAGAGCAAAGUUUGCUCAAACGGAAAGCAGUUUUUAAGGGGGAUUACUGUCAAAGGGAUAUUUCCUCUCCAGUAAUGUUAUCUGAAAAAUCUGUCAUCAUUUGCUCAACCUCAACUACUUUUGUGAUCCACAAGGAAAAAGUCUUCAGGUUUGGAAUGAUAUGAUGGUGAGUAAAUGACAACAGAAUUUUCAGAAUUCAGAAACAGAAUUAUACCUUUAAAUUUCUUUGCUUUCAUAUGGCAGUUAAGUACUGUUUUUGAUUUCCUGUCAUUGAUGAUCUGCAAAUUUUGCAAGGUCCGGCUUAACAUGUCUUCAUUAUGACAUCAUGGAUAUUAAGGUUACAGAUCCAAUAUAUUCAUAAAUAUAAGCAGGAUAAAAUUGUUAUUUUGAGUCAGAUUUGUCAAAUCGAAGCCCUUGAUUACUUUCUAUUUCCUGUUCUUAUAAAGUGUCUUAUAACAAUUCAUGAUGUCGGUUGGAGCACAUGGAAGUCCACAGAAUAGAUAACUGAACAACUGACAUGAUUUUAUGAUAAUCUUUUCAAUUUGCAGGUGUUUCUUGGUUGCUCAUGGAUCAUUUUAGAAGUUGUGAUGCAUCCUGUUAUGCCCGGGUCAAGGACAGUACAGAGGGCCCACUUCCUGGCACUAAACUCCUUUUGUCGUCUUAAACUUGAUGUAGCCCUGUUUUUUUUUUUUUUGGAUUCUCAAUACAAUACUUGUAAAUAUUUUCUUCUCGUUAAUAAAAGUUAAAACAAAAUCUAUUUUUCUGUCUAAA